AUGGCAUCAUACCAGGAACAAGCCUUAUCCAAGCUACAAGAUCCCAGUCUUUUUAUUGGGGAUGCUUUUAUUGAUGGCAAAUGGAUUUCAAAAGACAAGAAGUUUAUAGUAACUGAACCGUCGACAGGCACAAGUCUAGGUCAAGUAGCAGACUGUGACCUUGAAGACUUCAAAAAUGCCAUUUCGAGUGCAAAUAAGGCACAGCCAUCGUACUUUGCAAACACGACUGGUGCUUCUAGAGGAGCACUUCUAAGGAAAUGGUACGAUCUGAUCAUGGAGAACAAAAACGACAUUGCUACAAUCCUCUGUCUUGAAAAUGGAAAAACAUUUGCAGAGGCUCUAGGAGAAGUGGUCUAUGCAGCAGGUUUUAUUUCCUGGUUCGCCGAGGAGGCGACUAGAGCAUACGGUGUAACGAUUCCCUCCUCAACUGCUCGCACAACACUUCUUACUAUCCGUGAGCCCGUUGGUGUUUGCGCCAUUAUUACUCCCUGGAACUUCCCCGCCGCUAUGAUCACAAGAAAAGUCGGUCCGGCGCUUGCUGCUGGAAACACUGUUGUUAUUAAACCGCCUAGCGAGACCCCCUUUACCUGUCUAGCUCUUACCAAACUGGCUGUUGAGGCGGGCCUACCCCCAGCAGUCAUUCAAGUAUGCCCAACCAAGAACCGUGAGGCUGCCACAGAAUUGGCGACAAACCCGAUGGUCCAUAAAAUCAGCUUCACGGGCUCAACAGCUGUAGGUAAACUGUUAGCCAAGUUGGCAACAGGAACGUUGAAGAAAGUAAGUCUGGAACUUGGAGGCAAUGCGCCGUUCAUUGUCUUUGACGAUGCCGAUAUCGAUCUUGCCGUUGAAGGUGCCAUGUUUUGUAAAUUUAGAUGUUCUGGCCAAACCUGUGUGUGUGCAAACAGGAUCUAUGUUCAAAGAGGUAUUGCAAAACAAUUCACAGCCAAGUUGGUAGAGAAGGUCGCUACUCUCAAUGUCGGCCCUGGCUUGGAUGCGUCUACUACUCAGGGACCCCUAGUAAACCGCGCCGCUGUCGAAAAGGUUGCCAGCCACAUUCAAGACGCAGUUUCCAAUGGAGCGAAGAUUGAAAUUGGAGGAAAGACGCCAGAAUCUGCCGGAUUUUUUCACAUACCCACCGUGCUCUCGGGGGUGACACCAAAUAUGGCUGUGAGCAAGGAGGAGACAUUUGGGCCCCUGGCUCCAGUAAUCGAGUUUGAGACUGAAGAUGAAGCCAUUCGUCUUGCAAAUGAUACCGAGUUUGGAUUGGCCGGAUACUUCUUCUCGCGUGAUGUCAGCCGGGUUCUGCGUGUAGGGCAGGGUUUACAAGUCGGUAUAGUUGGCGUGAACACGGGUAAAGUUAGUGCUCCAGAGGCACCAUUUGGGGGUGUCAAGGAGAGUGGGUACGGGAAGGAGGGCAGUCUUUAUGGGUUGGAGGAAUAUCAGGUCAUUAAGAGCAUUACGAUUGGUAACUGGUAGCUGCUUUCGUUUGUAACCCGCUGUGGUGUUAC